UAAUUCCUCGUCAUCUAGGAAGGAGUUUCACAACAGUCAUGUGACUCAUUUUUACUGCGUCUGGGAAAUUCCUGUAACGCAAUCCCCAUGCCAGCAGAGCACACAGGCUGGGCACAAAACUGUAUAUAAGCGUGAUGGAUCUCCCAGAGCCAGCAUCAACAAUCCUCCGGGACACGAGCUCACUGCCACAGAACCAGAGCUGAACAACCCACAGAAAAACUCCUGUCCAACCAUGAACGGCAAACUUGUGGCUGUCCUGGCUCUUUUCCUGCUUUCAGCAGCUGUGUCUCAAGGUAGGGCCGUGGCACGGAUGGGAACCGAGCUCCGGUGCCAGUGCAUAGCCACCCACGCCGGGUUCAUCCCUGCAGCAUCCAUUCAGGAUGUGAAGCUGACACAGAGCGGCCCCCACUGCCAGAACGUUGAAGUCAUAGUUACUCUGAAGGACGGCAGAGAAGUGUGCUUGGAUCCCAAUGCUCUCUGGGUACAGCGGAUCGUAAAGGCAAUGUUGGCCAAGGCUAGACGAAAUUCUGACUCACCGCUCUAAGAAACACCAGGACAGAAAAAAUCUGGGAACUGCUCCUACUCCUCCACCAAGAGGAGCAUCGUUCAGGCAGUGCACCAUCUUCCACCUCCUGCAUGUGUGUUGUAAUGUUAAUUACAGACAGUUCUACUUAUUUAACUAUUUAUUUAACUGCAUGUAUUUAAGGAAGUCUUUCACAAUGGUCAGUUGUCUGUGGGACACACACUGUCCCUUGACACUGCAGGAAAUGUGGUUUGCUGAGGGAGAUUGAGAACCCUUGGCAGCCACUUCAGCCAAACACAGCCGGUGAAGUGCAAUGCACUUGCCACACUGUUUAUCUUUGCUAUUGCACCAGCAAACUGAUGAAUCCUCCUGCUCCCCUGGAGUGCACUAGUAUGUUGUGUCAACAACAGCUUCCUCAACCACAGUCAGCCUGUGGCCAGACUGUGAACUGUAAUGUCAAACUUGAAAAACCUAACUACGGAAUGUGUAACACUGUGUUUGGUAUUUAUGUAUUGUGAUUUCCAUGGUAUUUAUAAAUGUAUUUAUUGAGUAGUUUCUAUGCAAGAAAGAAAACUAUUAUAAUUUAUUUAACUUCUACUGGAUUUUUCAUUCCUACUAUUAAUUUCUGAAGAAAUACAAUCUCAUUGUUCUGUAAUUGAUUGUAUGUCUAAUUAGCUACUCCAUCAUUGAUUGUGAAUGUAAUUACUCU